AUGGAGGGACCAAAAAUAACAGUUGUGAUCAGAAAGAGACCCCUAGGAAAGAAAGAAUUAGCCCGUGGUGAUUAGGAUAUUGUACAAGUUAAAGAUUAAGCAACAGUAUUAUUAAGCGAGAUCAAGUAUGCAUUUUGAAAUCCAAUAUACUCUUUUUUUUUAGGUAGAAAGUUGAUCUGACCAAGUAUGUUGAAUAGCAUCACUUCAAUUUUGACUUAGCAUUUGAUGAAAGUGUGAAUAAUGAAGGAGUUUAUUCAACUGCAGUGCGUCCAAUUAUUGAAGCAGCAUUUAACAAAGCAAAAUGCACUUGUUUUGCUUAUGGAUAAACAGGAAGUGGAAAAACAUUUACAAUGCUUGGAGAUCCUGAAGCAAAUGUUCCUGGACUUUAUCUAAUGGCUAGUUAUGACCUUUUUGGCAUUUUAUAAAGAGUAAUUUACAUCACUAUUAUACUUAUAGCCUGAAUAUAGCAAUUUAUAUGUGACCAUUUCUUUUUAUGAAAUAUAUUGUGGAAAAUUGUUUGAUCUAUUGAAUGACAGAACUUAAUUAGCUGCAUAAGAAGAUGCAAAAGGUAAUGUUUAAAUCAAAGGGUUAACUGAAAAAAAAAUUCAAAAUGUUCAGCAAGUUAUGCAAAUCAUUCAACAUGGAUAGAACUCUAGAGUCACUUCUUAAAACUCUGCGAAUUCAGAGUCUUCACGAUCUCAUGCAUUACUUUAAAUAAAUUUAAAAUAAGGCAAAUUAGUUCAUGGCAAACUCUCUUUUAUUGAUUUAGCAGGUAGUGAAAGAGGAGCUGAUGUUAGAGAUUAAGAUAAAACAACUAGAGUAGAUGGAGCUGAAAUUAAUAAAUCUCUUUUAGCUUUAAAGGAAUGUAUUAGAGCAUUGGAUCUUAAUAAGAAUCAUACUCCUUUUAGAGGUAGUAAACUUACUCUCGUACUAAAAGAUAGUUUGAUAGGUAAUUGUAGAACUGUCAUGAUUGGUAACAUAUCACCAAGUAGUGCUAAUAGUGAACAUACACUCAAUACAUUAAGAUAUGCAGAUAGAGUCAAAGAGUUGAAAAAACCAUAAGAACAAAAAUCAGGAGGAGAUGCACUUAAUAGAGAAUUGAUGUUAGCCAGAACAGGUUUAGUAUCUUUCUUAUUACGUUAGAUACCAACGUAAUCCGUCGAGAGUAUAGAAAUCCUGAUUCUGAAGAAGAAGAAGGUGAUGAUUUGUAUAGUGGCCCAUAAGGAUCAUAAGGAGGAUUAAGUUAGAUGAACAAUCAGAAAUAUCAAUAAUAAUAUACCAAUAAUAUGACAUCUUCAUAAUAAUACUAAUAAUAAUUUUAAUAUGGUUAAUAAUAGUAAUAAUUAGCACCUUAACCAUAACCAUAAUAACCACCUAGAACUUUAUCAGCUAAUUCAUAAUAAUAAUAAUAAUAAUAAUAAUAAUACAAUUAAUAAUUCACUAAUCCAUAUGCCAAACAGUAAUAACCAUAAUAGUAAUAGCCAUCAAAUAUUCCAAAAUCUAAAAGUGUUUAAGCAAAUCAACAAUAAUAGUAAUCAACAUCUCAAACAUAAUUGCCUAACUAAUAAUUUUUUAUGUAAUAACCAAUAAUAAAUCCAUAACAAUAAAAUAUAUAUUAAUAGUAACAAUAACCAAAUAUUUAAUAAUUCACAAACCCCUUACCUUAACAAUAUUAACCAUAGAUGUAUGGCAAUAUAGCAAAAUAAAAUAUUGCUCAAUAAAAUCCAUUAUUAUUUCAGUAAUAGUAAAGCCAAUUCCCAUAACAAUAAUUAUUUUAAUAAUAUCCUUAGUAAUCAUAUACAAAUAGCAAUAAUCAGAUCUAUUAAAAGCAAUAACCAUUGAUUCCAGGAAUGAAUCCAAUUGUUUAAGUGCCUAACACCUUUAUGCAACAUUACUUGGAUAAUAGUGUAAAUUAAUCGCAACAAGACACAUUUAUAAAUGACGAUUUUUAAGGAGAAGAUGGAGAUAAUUUAUUAUUGGAAGAAGUAGACCCAGAAUUAGAAAUAUAAGAAUAGAGAAAUUAAUUACUAUCAUAAUAACAUUAGGAAUUAGUGAAUAAAGUAUUAUAAGAAGAGGAUGAAAUUAUUGUAUUCCAUAGAGAUCAUAUUGAUGUGAUGGUUGAGAUAUGCAAAUCAGUAAUCAUACAAUUUAUUUUAUAGGAUAUGAUUUUAUUAAAUUCAUUGGAUCAAAAUUAAGUGGUAGUAGCUGAUUAUAUGGUGAAACUAAAAUAAAAUUUAUAAGUCAAAUAAUAGGCUAUCAAUGAUUUCUUAAACAAGUUAGGAUAAUAUGAAUUGUUGCUUGAAUAAGUAUUAAUGUCUAUUAAAUACUUUAGGAAUCUGAAUUAAAUGAACAGUUGUAGGAGAUCAGAUUGGAUAAUAACUUAAAUUAAACAAAUAUAUAAUGA